AGCUCAGUCAGCUCUCCGGGACCGGGAGCGGAGUCGGGCUCAGUCUACACUUCACGGAGGUCAGUGAGCUUCGAGCGCUCCGGCCGGCUGGAAAACAAACAGAUUUGUUCGUCUUCUUUUAGAAACAAGAAGAAGGAGAACAAGGAGAGGCUCCGGGACGCGUACGAGCUUGGACCGGGGCACAUGGAAGCACUAUGUGGACUUCGCCGUAGUUUCACUUGAGAAAAGAGGCGAAAUAACGAUGUUCACCUCGAUGCGGGCUCCAUUGCUGCCCCUUUUACUUCUUUUUCGGAUUUCUUUUUGCCAGUACUCAAGUGACCAAUGCAGCUGGAAGGGCAGCGGGCUGACCCACGAAGGCCACACCAGGGAUGUGGAGCAGGUGUACUUGCGCUGCUCACAGGGCUCUCUAGAGUGGCUCUAUCCAACGGGGGCCAUCAUCGUCAACCUCCGGCCCAACGUGGUGUCACCUGCCGCCGCCCGCCUCUCCGUCUGCAUCAAACCCCUGACGAACUCUAGCGGCACAAACCUCUUCCUGGAUCUUAAUGGGAAGCUGCGGUUGCUGCUGAGCGAGCAGGGUCAGGCGCAGGGGAAGGUGCACUGCUUUGGCAUUCAAGAGGGGGCGCUGUUCAUCGAGGCUGUCCCGCGCCUGGACAUAAGCCGGCGGAUUACUGCGUUCCAGUAUGAGCUGGUCAGCGACAGGCUGGGGGACGCACAGAAACCUGGCGCACCCUGCCAGCCCUGCAGUGAUGACCAGAUGCAUCUAGCAGUCUGCACCAGCGAUUUUGUGGCGCGUGGCACUAUUAAGAAGGUUAAUCAGGAGGAGGAGCAUUCUUCCCUCAGCGUGGAGAUCAGCCGCCUUUACAGACAGAAAACACAGAUCUUUGUAUCUGGGGGUGUGAGGGUACGGAACUGGACCGGCCUCAUCAAGAUGCCCCGCCAUUGCGGGGCAAAGGUUGGAGAGGGUGAGUUUCUCUUCAUGGGGAUGGUGAGGUUUGGAGAAGCCUGGAUGAGCUGUGCGCCACGGUACAAAGACUUCAUGCGGAUGUAUCAGGAGGCACAGCAGCUGGGGACUAACCUCUGUCAAGUAGACACCGACUGACUCCUUUCCUCGGUCGCCGUUGGAAAUGGAGCCGGCCCCCGUGGGAGGGUUGGGUCAGAGAGGCUGAAAGACUGGCAGAACCUCGCUCCUCUCCUGCCACCCCACGAGUAUUUCAGUAACGAUGCAUGGAGCUCCCGAAUGUAAUGAAGCAGCUCUAUUUUCAGUGCUGAAGCAGGCGCAGCGCGUUCGGACUUUCCUCCUCUGCACGGUGAACCGCAGUUUAAAAUGUAGCGAAACUCUGUUUGGUUUUAUAUGUAUAAAAUGUGAACAAUUGUUGUACAUUUUGAUGUUUUGUGUGCUUUGUAAAAAGCUUGAUGUACAGUUCUGAACAUGUUUCUAAAGACAAAUGUAUAUAAAGUGAAAGACUCUUAUUUUGUUAAAAAAAUAUUUUCAAUUUAUUGCCUGGCUUUUGUUCUCAGGCUGCACAAUUGUUAAAAAAAAACAAACCAAAAAAGUGUUCUAUCCUGAAAAAUAAAAAGUUUUUAUUUCUUUGCCUAAAA